CGUCUUCUUCCAAGGGACUCAUUCUUUCUUCUUUGUUUCUUCUCCCAUUUUUCCUUUUCCCGGUUUUGCCCUCUUCCCGCUAUGAAGUUACCGGAGAGCCCCGACCCCCUUGACACCUGCCGCCGCCUCCUGGCCUCCAACGCCUCCGCCGCCGCCGCCGUCCAGUCCUUCCGUGGCCGUUGGUCCGCCGUCGCUGCCACCCUCGGCCGCCUCCACGCCGCCCUCGACGACCUCUCCGACCUCCCCUCCCACUCCCACCCCCUCGCCGAAGACCUCCUCCGCUCCCUCUCCCAAACCCUCUCUCUCACCCUCACCCUUGCCCUCCACUGCCGCUCUCCUGACCCCCCGGCUGGCAAGCUCCGCACCCAGAGCGAUAUUGCGGCCGCCUCGGCCGCCCUCGAACAGCUUGCCGCCGACGCCGACCUCCUCCUCCGCACCGGCGCCCUCCUUGAACCCCCGCCCACGUCGCAGAAGGCGGCUGCGGCGGCCUCCGGGACCUCCCGCCGGGAAUCCGUCCGCUCUGAGGCUAGGAGCCUCGUGACCCGCCUCCAGAUCGGAAGCCCGGUGUCAAGAAUCGCGGCGUUGGAUUCCCUCAUCGCGCUCCUCCGGGAGGACGACAAGAACAUCCUAAUCGCCGCCGCUCAAGGGGUGGUGCCGGCCUUGCUUCGCCUCCUCGAUUCCUCCGCCUCCAACGGCGAGGCCCGGGCCAAGGCCGUGGCCGUGAUCGCAAGGAUCGCCGCCGUCGAGAGCUGCCGCCACGUGCUGGUCGCCGAUGGGGCCCCUCUCCUUCACCACCUCGCCCGCGCCCUCGAGGCCGGCGGCGGCGGGGGCGCCGCCCGGGAGCAGGCCUGCACCGCUCUCCAAACCCUGACCCUUGCCAAGGACAACGCCAUGGCGAUCGGCUCCCGCGGGGGCAUCGCCGCCCUCCUUGAGGUCUGCCGCGCCGGCACGCCCUCCGCCCAGGCCGCCGCUGCCGGCGUCCUCAAGAACCUCGCCAGCGUCCAAGAACUCCGGGAGAACUUCCUGGAAGAGAACGGCGUCCCCGUCCUUAUUAGGCUUUUAGCUUCAGGGACUCCUCUCGCCCAAGAGAAUGCAAUCGGGUGCCUCUGUAACCUUGCUUCCGGUGAAGAAGGUGAAAGCUUAAAGCUUGCAAUUUUCAAAGAUGGCGGCUUGGAUUGCCUCAAGAACUACUGGGAAAGUGGCGGCAGUGGCAAUGACCGACGUCUUGAGCCGGCCAUUGGAUUGUUGCGCAAUUUGGCAUCUUUCCGGUACAUCGCAGAGGUCGCCACCUCCGCCGGCUUCCUUGCGCAUGUCAUCGUAGCAUUGGAUAGCACCACCUCUGGCACGAGAGCAGAGGCAGCGAGAGCAAUCUCAGAGCUGGCGGCGGUGGGGAAAACGAGGAAGGAAUUGGGGGAUGCAGUUCCUCGGCUGAUCAGAAUGUUAGAAGCCAAGGCGGCCGAGGAGAAGGAGGCGGCAGUGAAGGCGUUGGCCUCACUUUUGUCAUUCCCCGGGUUCCGGAGGAUAUUUCGGAAGGACGAGAGUGGGGUCCUCAACGUGGUUCAACUGCUUGAUCCCUUGGUUUGGAAUGUCGAAAAGAAGUAUCCUGUUUCAGUAUUGUUCUCUGUCUCGCAGUCGAGGAGGUGUCGGAAGCAAAUGGUGGCGAUGGGGGCUUGCGGGUAUUUGCAGAGUCUUGCAGCAAUGGAGGUGGAAGGGGCGAAGAGGCUCCUCGAGAGCUUGGGGCGGGGAAAGCUAUGGAGAGUGUUUCCGAGAACUUGACAAGAUGGGAGGAUUCAGAGAUGAAAGCUCUAAUCUGUAUGUACCAUAGCCACUGUCUCCAUUCUUAUUGUCUGAUGUUUCUUAAAUUCUGUCGAUGGCGAAUCUUGCUCUGUUUAUGUUGUACAUGCUAUGGAUUGUUUGUGUUUUUAAUCAAGUAUGUUAGUUUGUGUGUAGGGAGAUGUUUUUUCUUUGUUAAUAGCCAAUAAACAGAGAAAGGUUCUGAUUUUGCUUGUUUAAUAUUUUGAAAAUAAAUGGCUCCUUAAGAUAGUUGCU